AUGGGCCUUCCACCAAACACCAUGAACACCAUCAUGCAGAAGCUUGUGGAGCAGCUCCAAACCAUGAAGAUAUCUUUGGCUCAUCUCCAACAAACAUACACAACAAUCACCACAACCAUGCACACACUACUAGAAGAUGCCCCAGACGAACUACUAUACAAGGAACUUAUAAUCACCAACCACAUCAGCACCGAUGUUGAGCAAGAUUCCGCGCUGAUGCUUGAUACCUUUGAGACGAUGCAUACAUAGAAACCAUCACCUCCCGCAUCGACGAUAUUGCCGGCAUUAUCUUCUCCAGCGACGAUGGCUGUCGAUACAGACUUUACCUCGCUUUUUAACAAUUUGAAGGUCGAAGAUCCAUGGCUUCCACCUAGACCUUGGGAAUCAAUUCCUACAGAAAGUGGACGUUCUGUCACUUCAACAUCUAUUUCCUCUCCCUCAAUUUCAAGACGCCUCUACGACACAUCAACUGUUUCUGAGGCUAGUUUAGUAAGGCUGGCGAUGAACGCUCUGCAAGGAUUAGAGUCAUCUCUUACAAGCAUUGACAGACUAUGCACAAUAUUCCGUUCUGAUCCAACAGACAGAACAUUUCACCGAAUUCCUAGUCUAUGGAACAAAUCUGUAAGUACACUUGCUCUUGAGAAGAUACUUAGAUCCUUAGGCUGCAUGGGCUGUGAAGUUUUCUUUCUCCAUAAGUUUAUUAGUCACUUCACGAACUUAAAUCCGGAUGAGGCAAGCAGCAAUUAUCCUCCAUACAGUCUGGUCAACCAGGCUUUUGCAGUCGCCAUUGGAGAUGUUUUGGAAGGUUACAUUGCUGCAUUGGAUACUUUAUCUUCUUCUGUUUGCUUGAGAAGGUUAUCAUUUAAUGAUAGCAUGAUCGGCUGUCUUUCAAGUGUUGGGCAUUCUGAGGUUACAUUGUUGGAGGUUUUUCUUCAUACGAAAGAAUUGAGAAGUCAGAUUGAGGUUAUUGGAAGCAUAUGCAAUGUGCAUGAUAUAUCUCUUUGUUUCUCACUUUCACCCCUUGAGGAUUUAGGUACUCAAACAAAAUUUAGUGAGUUUCCAAGAGGUGGUAAUCUUCUUACUUAUUUGUACAACGAGCUCAAGGCCAAAAUUGUUGAUCCAUUUAAUGAGUUCAUAGUGGCUGAAGCUGAGAGUCAUCAAUCUUAUUCACUUUCCAACACUGGAGUUCUUGUUGACUUCCCUUCAGCCACCAUCAGGGAGGAAGAUGGAGUUUCUGUUCCAUGUUUUCUGAAGGAAUUCUUGAUUCCACUGUUUAGGGCUGGUCAGCAGCUUCAAGUACUGAUAAAAUUGCUGGAAUUUUCUGAUGGUGUUGGGAGUUGGAAUCGUACUUAUGAGGACUUUCUUCCAUAUUGGAGUAAAAUAUCGAGCUCCCAUUUGUCACAUGCAUCUCAUAUGGCUUUCGAUAAAGAAGGAAUUGCAAAAAUGGUACUUGCAAGAAGAGACUACUAUAAAAUCAUGAUGGAGAAACUCAAAAAUCAAUUGCCAAACCUAGAGUUCAGAUAUCAUCAGGUAAUUCCACACUCUACAGCACCAAUUUCUGUUUCUAAUGGUAGAGGAAGUCUGGAAUUACUAUCUUCUUCAGCAAAGAAUAUGAAUCAAAAUCUGCGACUUGUUACAGCAGAUAGCGAUCUAUCUAGCAUGACAGAAGAGUUCUCAUAUGAGAAUGAUCCAUUAGAUUCAUCCGAAUGUUCAUCUGCUGAAGAAGACAUAGAGAAAUCUGAGAAUAUAAUCGAAUCUUUUCACGAUGCAGAAGAUCUGGAGAAAAAAUACUUGUCUGCUUUAGAAUUUAAAUCAGAUACCUCUUCUAAUAUUCUGUUUAAAAAUUCUUCUCAAGUUAAGAGUCCAUCCACCAUAGGAAGUGUUUCACAUGAGUCAGAUAUGAAUGAUUUGUCAUCAACAGCAGCAAAAACUCAAUAUGAGAAUAAUCAAUCACUUAAUCCCAUUGGUAAUGUUUUAGGGAACAUAGAAGAUGUUGCUUUGAGUUUAAAAAGCUUGAAAUCAUGGGAAGUUGAAUCUGCUAAUAACCUAAUACAAGGAACAAGCAAACUUCGUGAAACAUCUUCCAAAGUCUAUUUACCUUCUUUUGACUUUAAGUCAAUACGAGAUCCUUUUACUGAAUGUGUAGAUAGAUUAGGAAUAGGAAGCUCUAAUAGACCUGACCAUUUCUCAGUUCCAGCUAAUAAUGCUGCUACCAUGAAGAGAAAUUCCCAUAAAGCCCCUGGUGAUGAUACACUCCCUGUCAACAAGACUUCAUUCCAUAAACAUGAAGAUAUUCGUUUCAAAACUGAUCACCAAAAACAAGAACUGUCACCAAAUGGUGGUGGUGGUGGUGGUUGGCAAGUUAUGCUUAGUGGCACUAGCAACAAAAAUGUAAUCCUCCGCCCUGGUGACCAUAGUAAGAUUGGUGUGGCUGCAGUUAUUGAGAUACCAUUGGAUUUUGUUCUUGAGAAAUGCUUGUUGGAGGAGAUUCAACUACAAUAUAUUUAUGUGAGUAAAUUGACAAUUAAGCUACUUGAGGAGGGUUUUUCCUUACAAGAACAUUUGUUGGCUUUGAGGAGAUACCACAUGAUGGAAUCAGCAGAUUGGGCAGAUUUAUUUAUCGUGUCACUUUGGCAACAUAAAUGGUAUGCCACGGAGGCAGAUAAAAGGAUAUCUGAAAUACAGGGGCUUCUAGAACUUUCAGUUCAGAGGUCUUCAUGUGAAAGAGACCAUUAUAAAGAUAGACUGUUUGUUUACAUGAAAGAACAAGGCUCCAAAUCUCUUCCUGGUUUUGCAACUGGUAUACAGUCCUUCAAUGUUUUAGGCCUGGGUUACAGAGUAGAUUGGCCAGUGAGCAUUGUUUUGACUCCUCCUGCAUUGAAGAUAUAUGCUCAAAUAUUCAGUUUUUUGAUACAAGUCAAACUUGCUUUAUCUUCUUUGACUGAAAUAUGGUGUUCAUUUAAGGAAUUCAUGCAUUUCACCAACAAUAAUCGUCAUUCUGAUGUACAAAAAUCCCAUUUCAAUAUCAUGGUGAAAUUGAGGCACCAGAUUUUCCAUUUUGUAUCAACAUUGCAGCAGUAUGUUCAGUCUCAGUUAUCACAUGUAUCUUGGUGUAGAUUUCUACAGUCUCUUAAGCAUAAGGUUAAGGAUUUAACAGAUCUUGAUAUUGUGCAUAUGGAUUAUCUCAAUGAUUCACAAUGCAUAUGUUUUUUAUCGGAUGAUAUGAAACAAAUAGCUGAGAUUAUUCAAAGCAUUUUGCAAUGUGCGCUGGACUUCAGAUCUUUUGUUGUGCCAAACAAAUCAGCUGUCAAAAUUGCUCAGGUUGUGAGCAUUAAAGAAGCAUUUGAGAAAAACAUGAGACAAUUUUUCUUCAAGAUGAGCAACAUGACAAGUGAAAGUGAAGAGAGAAUAUCCUGCAAAAAUUCACCAAGUUUUGAUGAAGGUAGCACUGAAAGUGAAAGAAACAUGGUAGAAGGAACAGGAUUUGGUUCACUAAAGAAAGGUCCCUGGACAUCUGCUGAAGAUGCAAUCUUAAUGGAAUACGUGAGCCAGAAUGGAGAAGGGAAUUGGAAUGCUGUUCAGAAGCUCUCAGGGCUAUCUCGUUGUGGUAAAAGCUGUCGCUUACGUUGGACAAAUCAUUUAAGACCUGACCUUAAAAAAGGCGCAUUUACCCCUGAGGAAGAACGCCUCAUCAUUGAACUUCAUGCUAAAAUGGGAAACAAAUGGGCACGUAUGGCUGUUGAGUUACCCGGACGCACAGAUAACGAAAUCAAGAACUUUUGGAACACUAGGACCAAAAGAAAGCAACGUGCCGGAUUACCAAUUUACCCUCACGACAUCUCUUUCCAACAACUCAACGAUAACUCCCAGAAUCAAAACAUGCUCAUGUUCCCCAAUGGCGAUUCCGGAAUUUUCCCACCAACCACUAACCUCCACAUUCCAUCCAUCGAUUACAAAGAUUUCAUACUAAAUGACGAGUUUUACCAAAAUCAAAUACCCACCGAAAGUAGCUUGCUUGAUAUCGCAUUCCCCAUGCCAACACCAUAUCCACCCAAGCGCAUCAGGCCAUGUGGUGGUGGUGGUGGUGGUGGCGGCGGCGGUGGUGGUGGUGGUCUUGGUGAUGUUUUUUCUGGUAUGAAUGGAUAUGAAGAUGAGAAGAUUGGUCAAACUUUGACUACAUCUUCAUCUUACUUAUGUAAUACAGGUAGCCAUGCCUUUAUAAAUGGCAACAAUUGUUCAUCUUUUGAGCCUAAUUUAUGGGCAAUGAGGAAUGAGCUCCCUUCACUCCAAUAUUUUCAUGGUGCACCACCUUCUUCUUCUUCUUGUUCUUCCUUUGAAAUCGAGUGGUCGGAAUCUGAUUCCCACUCGCGUAGGAACAGUGGCCUGUUAGAAGCUGUGCUCCAUGAAUCAGAAACCUUAAAAAUCUCGAAAACUAAGAAUGAUCUCAAUAAUGUUGAUGAUCAGAAUUUAGUUUCGGAUUGUUAUGGUUCACCAUUGACUUAUUCAGCUGCAUCCGUGUUUAGUGAAUAUACUCCAAUCAGUGGAACCUCAAUGGAUGAACAUCUUUCGGUUGAGGCUACUUCAGUUAAGCAGGAAGCAGGUGAAUCUGAUGACAUCUGGAAUGACGUCAGCUGUUUGAGGCCGGAUUCUCUUCUUGGCUUAAACUGGUUUUCUAGUGAUCCCAUAACUUCACUUGUUUCCCAUCACGAUGACACCUCUACGACAAUCCACACAGCGUCUCAAUAUCUUUAAACUAUUAUUAUUAUUAUUAUUAUUAUUAUUAUUAUUAUUAUAAAAUAACACUUGUUUGCAAUUCCUUUAAACCCGGAUCUUGUUUUACUAUUUGGUUGGGAUAUUGUGAUAUGCUGAAAACCUCUUGGAAUAUGUUUCGCUUAUUAUUGAUACUACAUUUCUAGAAAGAACAACUAGUACUUCAUUUGAAUAGGUCUUCCAGUUUGUUAAUCAACCUCAAUAACAUGAGAGGGUCAACUCAUCCAACAAAUCAGCAUUUAGAAUCUUGGUCAAAAUUAAAGGAUAAUCAUUAUUAGGGAGGAAUUAAAUCAAGGACGACAUGAGGAGUAAAAGAGACGUGAAGUCCAUCAAGUUUUAACUACGAAUACUCUACCCCGGCAAACUGUUCUGGACCCGGCCCAAAGACAAUCCUAUUAGGCGUACUUGAGCCCGUUAUACACAACCCUAUUAGGCCUACUUGAGCCCGCUAAUUGUACUUCAGUCUAAAAUAUAGAUCAAACAGCCCAAUUAGGCUCCCUCCAAGGAAAAGCCUAUUUAUAGGUCUAUUUAGGUCCUGAAAAUUACCCAGAUUAAUCUCCACAAAUCUAAUAUUUUUGGGAUUUGUGUAUCUCAUGAAGGGGUGGAUCAAUUGGUUGUAAAAGUGCGAAAUUACCUUUUACUUAUUUGGGUUCCUGGUUGGUGCUUCUGGCAUGUUUUAAUGCUUGGAACGUCAUUAUAGAUAAGUUUCAAAAGAAACUUGCUUCUUAGCAGAUUUGGUUACUUUCCAUAGGGGGUCGUGCUAUGUUAUUGAAGGUUGCUUCUGGGGAGAUGACAAAGGUGACUGUAAAUUGCAUUGGGUUAAAUGGGAUAUUAUUUUACUCAAUAAACAAAAAGGUGGUUUGCAUAUUGGUUGUUGGAAGCUUUUAACAAAGCUUUGUUAUUUAAAUUGAAGUGGUGUUUUUUGGUUGACUGUGGCUCGGUAUGGGUCAAAGUGUUAAAGUCUUUGCAUGGGAGACCGGGUGGUUUCAGUUGGAAUGUUGGUUCGGUUCUUAAGAAGGUGUUUGGCAUUUGAUAAUUGGUACUAUCAAUCAACUUCAUGACCACUGUAUUAAUCUCGAUGGAUGCUAUUAUUCGAAAAGUUGGUAAUGGAAUGAGAUUUUUUUUGGAAAGAAUGGUGGAUUGGUGAUAUCCCUUUGAUGGUGUGGUUUCCUAGGCUUUUUAGAUUGGAGACUGAUAAAGAUUAUCAAAGAUGGAAUGUGGUUGAUUGGAAUUGGUCUUGCGUAGUGGACGAUACUCUUUUUGUGAUUAUUUAAGAAUUGAAGAUCUUUAUUUUUUGGUUUAUUUUUUUUGGAUUGUAGCGAUAAGUAGGUGUUGCAUGUUGGCAGUUCUAUUGAGUUUGUUGUUUCGAAGGCCCAUAGAUUCAUUGAUGAUAUCUCUCUUCCCGAUGGUUCUUGCUCUACUAGAUGGAAUAAAUAUGUCCCUCAUACAGUAUUUUUUUUUGGAGAUGUCGUUUAAACAGGUUGCCAACUCGUGUGAAAUUGGUUGACAAAAAGGUGUAGAUGUCCCGCAUUUUAUUCUAUUCAUAUCUUUCAUCUUUUCAUUCAGUGUGAAGUGAUUGGUAACCUUUGGACGUUUGUUGGAAGAUUGUGUGAUGUUUCUAUUCUUAAUUUAACAGAAAUUGAAGAUGUGGUCGGGUGGAUUGAUUCUCCUUGUUUAGCUAUUAUAAAGAAAAGUGCAGCGAAAACAAUUGUCAUGAUUAUGUGGUGGUUGCUAUAGAAUUUUAGGAAUGAUAUUACAUAUGUUUAUAUGCGGAUAUAAUUUUUAUAUGUUAUUCAUAUAUGAAUUACAAACUUACUUAGGACAUUAAAA